AUGCAUUUUGCUUUGAUUACCUGCUUUUCUUUGCUGGCAUAUACCCAUGCUGAAUUGCAUGGCCAUAUACAUGCAAAUAGGGAUGAAAUCUGGAGGUCUUCAAAGCCAUCGCAUGCCAAUCCAACCUUUAGCUCAUCGAGCAAAGCUUCCUCUCAGUGGAUAUUACCAAGCUUAUCGGUGGAUAUAGAGAUCACUGAAGCCACUACUGAUACCUCAUACUGGCUUGCUGAUAUUACCCAUCAAGGCCUUGCCGCCUUUAACUCGGCACCUUCAUCUUACGUUGUCUUUCGCAACGUCAAAGACUAUGGCGCGAAAGGUGACGGCGUGACAGAUGAUACUGCUGCGAUAAACUCCGCCAUCAGCGCUGGUAGUCGCUUUGGUCCAUCAGGGCGAGAGACCUCCACCACCACACCCGCAAUUGUAUACUUCCCUGCUGGAACUUACCUCAUCUCUACUUCCAUCAUCGACUACUACUUUACCCAAUUGAUUGGUAACCCCAACGAUAUUCCAGUCAUCAAGGCAACUUCUGGUUUUACAGGGUUGGGUUUGAUUGACGGGGAUCAAUACCAGAGUGACGGCAACCAGGGCUGGACCUCUACAAAUGUUUUCUUCCGCCAGAUUCGUAACCUCAAGCUGGACCUGACGUCUAUUGCCGCGGGAACUUCUGCAACAGGUAUUCACUGGCCAGUAGGCCAAGCAACUAGCAUUCAGAAUGUUGAGAUUGUCAUGAGCUCGGCGUCAGGAACGCAGCACCAGGGUAUUUUCAUUGAAAACGGAUCUGGUGGCUUCUUGACUGACAUCACGACGACUGGUGGGCUGUACGGAGCAAAUAUCGGCAACCAGCAAUUCACCAUGCAUAACUUGCAAAUCUCUGAUGCUGUGACUGGUAUCUCCCAGAUAUGGGACUGGGGUUGGACAUAUCAAGGUCUCACCUUGACAAAUUGUACUACAGCUAUCUCGAUCAGCAAUGGUGGUGUUGGUGCUCAGCUAGUGGGCUCUGUCAACAUUAUUGACAGCACUAUCAAAAACUCCGGUACGUUCGUGGCUACUAACUGGGAGAGCUCAACCUUCUCAAACGGCAGUCUCAUCCUCGAGAACAUUGUUCUUGAGGAUGUUCCUGUCGCAGUCCAGGGACCGAGUGGUACCGUGCUCGCUGGGGGCACCACGACCAUUACCGCUUGGGGACAGGGUCACAAGUACUCCCCAAGUGGACCUACAAAUUUCCAGAGCACUUUCACGCCACCUACCAGACCAAGCGCCCUGCUCACCAGUGGCUCUUCCAAUUACUACACCAAGACAAAACCCCAGUAUGAGGCAUCACCCGUCGCAUCGUUUGUAAGUAUUAGGAGUGCAGGUGCCAAGGGAGACGGUUCAACUGAUGACACCUCCGCCAUCCAAACUGCACUGAAGUCUGCUGCAUCUUCUGGCCAAAUCGUUUUCUUUGACCAGGGAACUUACAAGGUGACCAACACCCUUUACUUCCCUCCCGGCCUGCGCGUUGUUGGAGAGGCAUUCCCCGUGCUCAUGGCUAGCGGAAGUGUCUUCGCAGAUAUCUCGAGUCCUGCUCCGUUGGUCAAGAUCGGAAACGCUGGAGAUUCUGGAUCGAUCGAAUGGUCAGACAUGAUCCUCAGUACCCAGGGCUCAACUCCUGGUGCUGUACUGAUUGAGUGGAACCUAGCUGCGAGUUCAGGGUCUGGGAUUUGGGAUGUCCAUACUCGUAUCGGAGGAUUUUACGGGUCCAGCCAGCAAGUUGCACAGUGUCCAACCUCUGCUGCGGUCUCUGCAAGCUGUGAAGUGGCAUAUCUGUCUAUGCAUAUUACCUCGAGUGCCAGUAGUGUCUAUUUGGAGAAUGUCUGGCUGUGGACGGCAGAUCAUGACUUGGAUAGCGCAGAUAACACCCAGAUCUCUGUCUACUCCGGUCGGGGAUUGUUGGUUGAGGGAAAGAACAUCUGGCUGUAUGGAACGGCAGUUGAGCACCAUGCACUGUACCAAUAUCAAUUCUCGGGGUCAUCUUCGGUCGUGGCAGGAUACAUUCAAACCGAGACACCCUACUACCAACCAAGCCCGGACGCAGCCAAUGGUCCAUUUCCCACAAAUUCAACGCUCAAAGACCCUGACUAUAGCAGUUGUUUAUCCGGAAACUGCGACGCCCUUGGCCUUCGCAUACUCGAUAGCUCUGAUAUCACAAUAUACGGAGCCGGUCUGUACAGUUUCUUCAACUCUUACAGCACGUCAUGCUCGACAUUCCCCACUCCCGAGGAUUGUCAGAGCGAGAUAUUCAGUAUCGAGGGCACCACGUCUGAUCUAGUGGUGUAUGGAUUGAACACUGUGGGUGUGACCAACAUGAUUGUCAAGGAUGGCAGCUCGCUGGCGCUCUGGAGUGAUAAUUUGGCAACUUUUGCGGCCACUGUUGCGUACUUCGCC